AUGGCUUUCAAAUUCAUCACCUUGUUCGCUGCUUUCGUUGCUGUUGCCAGCGCUGGAAUAGUCCCAGCUGCUCCCUUGGCUGCUGUAGCCCAAGUUGAGGAAUACGAUCCCCAUCCCCAAUACUCAUAUGGCUAUGAUGUCAAGGAUGCCAUCUCGGGUGACUCUAAGACCGCUGUGGAAACUCGUGAUGGUGGUUUCGUUCAAGGCCAAUACUCCUUGAAUGAUGCUGAUGGUUACAGACGUAUUGUUGACUACACCUCUGAUCCCAUCAAUGGCUUCAACGCUGUUGUGCGCCGUGAACCUUUGGUAGCUGCUGUUGCUGCUGCUCCCGUUGUUGCUGCCCCAGCUCCUGUUGUACGUGCUGCUCCUCUUGCCUAUGCUGCCCCUGCUCCUUUGGUCAAGACUGCCGUAGCUGCUCCCCUUGUUGCUGGCCCAGCUGUCGUAAAGACUACAUUUGCAUCUCCUCUUAUCUCUUACGCAUAUUAG